CUCCUUAAAUUUACUGUGGUUUUUUUGUCGUAUUUCUAUUGGCUUGCCUGUGAGUGGGGAAUCGUUACACUUCUGUCAAGCUACAGUAAAUUGCGUGUUUAUUAUAAAGAUACUAAUGUUUACAUUCCUUGGAGACACAAGAGCAGAGGUAGAAAGUUCAGGUGCAUAAAGUACAAAUACAAACCAAGGUUUUGUUUCAAUCAACUGCAGGUGUUUACUCUGAGGCUGUGACUCUUUAAACUCAACUGGUAGGUUGAAACAAAACCUUGGUCUGGGUGGUGGGCAGUAAAAAAAAAAAAAAAAAACCUUGGUCUGGAUUUGUGCUCUGGUUCUGAAAUUUCCACCCCUGCACAAGAAUCUUACAGCAUCAGGACACAUGCAGUUGUGUCAGCUCUCUCUCUCUCUCUCUCUUUUAAACGAUUUAAAUAAUUCAUUAGCUUUAAAAAAUGUAUGUGCUGUUUUUUUUCAUGUGCAUAUAUUGCAUUAUAAUCAGGUAACACGUUUACCUAAGAAAUUACACCAAGCUUGAAGUGGACCCUUUUAAUGUUAUAACUUAACGUUUUAAUACAAUUCUGUUAGCUGUGUAUUAAUGGAAAAACUGCUGAUGGAAAGAAAUAUGCUUAAUCAAGUGUAUAAUUUAUUACUAUUAUUACUUUAGUUAAUAAUUACCAAAAUGCGGUUUUAAAUCGGUUUAUGACCUUAACAGGGAAGUAAUGUCUGAGGUCAAAGGUGAGCACGACAUAUUUCCUUUGGCAGACUUUAGAAAUUGCCGCGCAGGGGUCGCGUUCUCUUUGUGGGUCUGGGGGCUCUGGCUUUCCGCGCUCGCAGGUCGGACAACGCUCCGAUCCAAUUACCACAUCUGUGAAUUCGCCCUGAUUCCUGACAGCUGUCGGUGGGACCCCCAGAGUGGGAUAAAAAGGGACCCGCUUGUACUUUGACCGCUUUCUGGGGGUAGGUUGCUUAGCACUAUAGGUUCACGCGGCACAAGGUGCACUAUAAAAGCCAGGGACGCUCCGUUCACUUUACACAAAUGACACGUUUUUGUUUACGAUGCACGACGGAAACUAUGAGGACGUCACCUUAUUUCUUGGGCAAUGGGGACCGUUUCAGCGAGCCAUAUUCUUCCUGUUAAGCCUGAGCAUUGUCCCGAAUGGCUUCACCGGCAUGUCCAUCGUAUUCCUCGGGGACACCCCGGCUCACCGCUGCCGGAUCCCCGAAGAUGCGAACCUCAGCGCGGCGUGGCGAAACAGCGCGCUGCCUUUGGUGGAGGAAAGCGGCUCGCUGCGGCAGAGCCCAUGCAGCAGAUACAAGCUGGAUGUGAUAAGAGACUUCUCGGAUAAAGGUUACUUACCGGGGAUCGAUGUGAACCUUACCGGAAUACAACAGGAAGGCUGUAGAGACGGGUGGGUGUACGAUCGCGGCACCUACAUUUCUACCAUCGUGACCGAGUGGGACCUUGUUUGCGAUGACAAAUGGAAGGUCCCUCUCACGACUUCUCUGUUCUUCUGUGGCGUCCUAAUUGGCUCCUUUGCCUCCGGACAGCUGUCCGACAGGUUUGGGAGGAAACUGGUGCUGUUUGCAACAAUGGGAGUUCAGACCUUGUUUACGUUAUUCCAGGUCUUUUCCACAUCCUGGGUCAUGUUCUGCGCGCUCUUCUUUAUAGUCGGAAUGGGCCAGAUUUCCAACUACGUCGCAGCAUUUGUUUUAGGAACCGAAAUUUUAAGCCAGUCGGUUCGGAUAAUCUACUCUACCAUGGGAGUAUGUAUCUUCUUUGCCAUCGGCUACAUGGUUCUUCCGCUGGUUGCCUUCUUCAUAAGAGACUGGAGAACGCUGCUGCUGGUCCUGACUCUCCCCGGCUUCCUCUACAUCCCCCUCUGGUGGCUCAUUCCGGAAUCUCCCCGAUGGCUGCUGUCCCAGGGCAGAGUGGAGGAAGCUGAAGCUGUACUGAGAGACGCGGCCAGGAAGAACGGAGUCACAGCCCCGGAGACCAUUUUCCAAUCUGUCCAGGCUGACUCCAAGCCCGUGAACUCCCGCUCCCACAACAUCUGCGAUCUCGUGCGCACCGGCAACAUUCGCUGCAUCUCUAUCAUGUUGGGCCUGGUCUGGGUCAUCCUCUCCAUCGGAUACUUUGCUUUGUCGCUGAACACUUCCAACUUGGCCGGGAGCGCCUACCUCAACUGCUUCAUCUCGGCAGCCAUCGAAGUCCCGGCCUACACCUCCGCUUGGCUGCUCUUCCGCUACGUGCCGCGGCGCCUUUGUCUCCUCUCCACACUCUUGCUGGGCGGGGUCGUGCUGCUCUUCAUUCAGUUCGUACCCGAAGGUCUGGUUUCCUUGUCCAUCACCCUGGAGAUGCUGGGUAAGUUCGGGGUGACGGCGGCCUUCUCGAUCAUUUACGCCUACACCGCGGAGCUCUACCCCACCGUGCUGCGUAACACCGCCGUCGGAGCCUGCUCCAUGGCCUCCCGUCUGGGCAGCAUCGCCGCGCCCUACUUCGUCUACUUAGGACAAUUCAACCGCUUCCUGCCCUACACGCUGAUGGGCAGCCUGACGGCCUUCUCAGGCCUGCUCAGUCUCCUGCUGCCUGAGACCUUCGGCCUGCCGCUGCCUGAGACUGUCCAUCAUAUGCAGACCAUCCUGAGGUGGAAAAAGAAAGAAAAAUCUGACGAUGCCCACGAAAUUGAGGAGGAAGCGGAGGAAGAGGGUGCAUAGGAGCGAGCGUCAGACCCAAAGCGUUACUUUUAUACCGUUGAUAUGUAUUAUUGCGUAGUUUCGUAGCUUAAUAGUCCAUGCAAGACUUAUGUAAUUUUGUAAAUAAAAAUAAUAUUUUGUGGAAAAUAAACACAUCCUAAAACGA